GUGCAGGAAUUGGGUGGAGAGAGCGCCGGGCAGCCAGCGUGGACCCCCUGCCCUGCCUCAUACCAGCACAGCCCCGCCCUCACAAGAGGGAAGAAGGGAGGGCAGGCUCACACACCGGGGCUCCUUGCGUGCUCCCUGAAGUGCUAUGUCACUCCACCGUGGCACUAGGUACCACAGGAGGCAGCCCCGAGGCCCCCUGCCUCCAGCUCGCCGGCCGACUGGCACCCAGCAGGUGUGUGGAGAGGCCUCUGCCGGUGUAGGAAGGUGCUUGUCAGGGAGCCAGGAGCACUGGCCAGAACCUCCCCUCUCAUCCUCCCAGGAAAGUCUUGGCUCCCUCAGCUACUCCAACUCCAUCAGAAGCCGAACACGGGGCCACCCUGGCCGAGUCAUCGUGCGGCACAAGGUGCCUCAGCUGAAGUUCACCUGCAGGGCGGAUGGCCCAUCUGCAGUUGACAUCAGUCCUGGGGCUGACGUCCCAAGGGAGAGCGUCGGCUAUGAUGUGUCCAUAUCCUUCCUCGAGUCUCCCAUCAGCCUGGGGCCACACUAUGCCAGCCAGAGAAAAGCGGUCUUCCUCCAGGUCACACUCCAGAGCCCCGACCCCAGCCUGAGGCUCUUUGUGGAUACCUGUGUGGCUUCUCCAGAUCCCCGUGAUUUUACGACUGUCAAGUACGAUUUGAUCCGGCACGGGUGCAUCAAAGACAAAAGCUAUGUCAACCUCCACUCCCACCAGAAGAACACGGCCCAGUUCAAGUUCAACGCCUUCAACUUUCUCAGCAGCUAUGAUGUGGUGUAUCUGCAGUGUGAGGUCACCGUGUGCAAAGUGGGGGACCAUUCCUCCCGCUGCUCCCAGGGCUGUGCAGAGCGGAGUAAGAGGGAUGUGGGCCCCACAGAGCGGACUGAGCAUUUCCAAGUGGUGGGGCCACUGGAAGUCCACAGAGGGACGGGUUGGAACAAGACCCUUGUUUGAUUUCUCCACUUUUCACAUGAUUCUGUUAUUAGAAAGCAAAGUCUAUUUCCCUUCCGCAAUGUAAUAAGUUUGAGAAAUCAGAAGUUGUCCACACAGCGACAGGUGAAACUGCUAAAGAAGUUCUCUCUGAAGUUUGUUGCUAAAUAAACUUUCUCUGAUUACUAAACUUCCAGGCAGUCCCUCUCUUUGCCAGCCGGAGAUGCUGUGUUUUCUAAUUCUUCACUACCAAGCACGUGAUCAUUGUCUUAACUGCACAAAAUGUUAUCAAGAACAGAGUUCUCUCUCUCUGUAUCAAAUUGCCAAUUUAAGGUAUUUUUUUUAAUUGACUCCUUAAUGUUCAGAUGCUGGUAGGUGGAUCUUUUUGUUUC